UAUCCAAACGGGUAUAGUCGAGUUAAAGUUCGGUAAUAUUUUGCGCAGACGCCCAAGUUCUUGAACUCUGAACGAAAACGUUUUUGGCUCUGAAGUUUGAACACUGCAAUGCUCAGGGGAACUCGAAUCCCGAACCUCAGGCCGUAUCAACGUCCACUCUUCUCCGUCCCUCCCAGUCUCCGCAUUAAGUUCAAGUUCACAUCGUUAUCCGAACCCCAGGGUUCCCGCUCUUUGGACGAGGACUCUGACGAUUUCCUGCGGUGGUUGGAGCAAAAAGCUGGCUCUCAGAUAUCAUCGGUGCUUUCGAUUGGCAAAUCUGCUUACGGCAGGUCUUUGUUUGCUUCUAAAACCAUACAAACUGGAGACUGCAUUUUGAAGGUUCCUUACAGCGUGCAAGUAACACCAGCUCAUCUUCUUCCGGAAAUCAAAUCCUUAUUAGGUAAUGAAGUUGGGAAUAUCGCAAAGCUUGCUAUUGUUAUUCUUGUUGAGCAGAAAUUCGGCCAGAAAUCUGAAUGGGCCCAUUAUGUCAGCCGUCUUCCUCAGCCCGGGGAGAUGCAUAAUAUGAUAUUUUGGAGUGAAGCUGAGUUGGAGAUGAUUUGUCAAAGCUCAGUUUAUCAAGAAACAAUCAAUCACAAAUCUCAAAUUGAAAAGGACUUUUUGGCAAUCAGGCUGGCUCUUCAAUGUUUCCCUGAACUUUUUGGAGAUAUCACACAUAAGGAUUUCAUGCACGCAUGUGCCUUGGUUGGUUCUCGAGCAUGGGGAAGCUCAAAGGGAUUAUCCCUGAUUCCAUUUGCUGACUUUUUAAAUCAUGAUGGAGCUUCAGAAUCAAUUGUAUUUAGUGAUGAUGACAAACAAGUCUCAGAAGUCAUUGCUGAUCGUAAUUAUCAUGCUGGUGAACAGGUUUUAAUCAGAUACGGAAAAUUUUCAAAUGCUACCCUGAUGUUAGACUUUGGCUUUUCUCUUCCAUACAACAAACAGGACGAGGUUCAGAUCCAGUUUAAUGUACCUCAUCAUGAUUUUCUGCGUGAGAAGAAGAUAGAAUUUUUGCAAAGACAUUGCAUUCCGAUCGCUAAAGAUGUCAAUGGUUUCAACUCGUCUGUGGAAUCUUUCACAAUCAAGGAAGUGAGGUCUGCUAAAGGAAAAGGAAAAGGUCUCCCUCAGUCGCUCCGUGCAUUUGCUCGAGUUUUAGCUUGCACCACUUAUGAAGAACUUGGUGAUUUGGCCAAGGAGGCUGCACAAAAUGAUGGCAGGCUGGCUAGACGUCCUUUAAGUGACAGAAGCAAAGAGAUCCAGGCACAUCAGAUGUUGUUAUCACGAAUCACUCAAUUAAUUGAGGAAUAUAAUGCGGCUAUUAAGUCAUUGGUGCCUAUCAGCUUCCCUCCCAUGUGUGAAACACUUGCUCUUAGGAGGCAAAUGGCUCGAGAUCUCCUCAAUGGCGAGCUUCGGAUUCUCAAAUCUGCUUCCGCUUGGCUGAAGAACUACUGUGCCACCUUGACUACAUUCACCUGCAAUUGCGAGAAUAUUAGUGAUUAGAGAACUAUUCCCGGACGAACUUGAAGAGCUGUCAGAUACCCAAUAUGACAAUCCCGCGAUCUUGAAUUUUGGUCCUUAAUAACUCAAGUAAAAAUUACCCAUUUGGGAAAAGUGCAACACGAUCUUCAUUUUCGUAGGAUAAUUUGUUUAAAAUGAAAAUUCAAUUUAUUAGCUU